UUAGCAAAUUCCAUCGAAGAAUCUAAAGAUUCUUUUUCUAAAUGCAAGAUUCAAGAUUGAAGCCCCCAAUCCAUACGCUUUGCUUCCUUUUACGUUCGAUUGCCAUGUAAUUCUGCAGGAUUGAAUCAGAUGGACACUAUGCAACAGGCGGAGGAGCUUGUGAGGGAAUAUUUGGUCUUCAGAGGAUUUACUAAUACAUUAAAAUCUUUUGAGACUGAGUUGUGUACGGAUAUUGGUAACGGCUUUCAAGUGAAUAAGAUGUUAGACUUGAUUUUCGCGGUUUAUAUUCCUAAAUUCCAGGCCGAGAAAUUAGUUGGUCUGUUUAGGUUCUUCGAGCAAUGGUUUUCGUCAUGGUCCGAGACCGCGAUGCUUGAAACCUUGUCGGAAUUGGAGUGCUCUGUUCUUCGGUGUUACAUUGUUCAUGCAUUGCAAACUUCUAGCCGGUUUUCCGACUCCAAGAGGUCAAAAUACUGUAGAGAUGAAAUGUCAUCGGAUGCUGACGGGAGGCAGCUAUUAGUAACAUCCGGCUCUGUAAGGGCACCCAUAUUUCAGGUACAAGGCCAUUCAAGCGGAUUCAGAACUCUUUCCCACACUGCAGCAAUAACAACCGUGGAUUGGCACCCAACCUUGCCGAUUUUCUUGACCGGUCAGCAGACUACUCGGUUCGAAUAACUUCCAUACCAUGAAGACAACAUUACAUCUGUAUCUGCUUCCCAAUUUCGGGUAAAUGAAGACCAAUUAUAGGCUUUGUAGUAUGAAAAA